AUGGCUUCCAUGCCAAGCCCUGUAAUCUUUGACAUUCUCGUUCGACUUCCAGUAAAAUCUCUAGCGAGAUUCAAGGCCUUAAACAAGCUUUGUCGCUCCUUCAUCAGGGAUCCACGUUUUAUUGUUACCCACCUCAAGUACGGUGCAGAUGAAGGUAAUGAUGUCUGCUUAAUCCUUUCAUGCAUGCAGCAUGGAAAUCUUAACAGCAUAGUUCACAUCCUCACCGUCAGAGACAAUGAUGAGCUUGCGGUUGUUGAGUACUCUGCUCCUGUAAGUUUCGACUCUUACCAGAUUUUACCUUCAUGCUAUGGCUUGGUUUGCUUUUAUGGUCUCCAUGGUGGUGUUCAUGUUUGCAAUCCUAGCACCAAAAACAUAGCCAGACUCCCAGAUAUUGAUGCUGAGGGCAUUCGAUCUUUGAGCUGCGGAUUUGGGUUUGAUCGAAUGAGUGGUAAACAUAAGGUCAUCAAAUUUCUGGAGCCUCUGGAAGGAGAGUACCCUUUUACGGAUAAUCUCAGGAUUGAAAUAUUCACAACGGGCAAUAAUUCUUGGAGGACAGUAAGGUACCAUCCUUGUUUUCGCUUUCUACACCACCAGCCAGCGGUGUUUGCUGGCGGGUUCUUUUACUGGAUUACAGCUGAUUCUACUGAUCCUGGUGGUCCAUCUAGUUUCUCAAUUGUUUCCUUUGAUGUUGGAAAUGAAAUCUUCGAAGCCAUUUCUCUACCAGAAAGUGUUUCAGAAAAGAAUUGGUUUAACUUAUAUCUGGUGGAACUAGGAGGUGAAUUAUGCUUGGUGGACUUGGAUUAUGAAUUGGAUCAAGACAGGAAAAGAAUGGACAUUUGGAUCUUCAAAGCCAGCAUUGCUGACAAGAAAGAGCAGUGGGUGCACGAAACGAUCGUUCAUCAAUCCGAACCUAUCGAUACCACUCGUCCUGUGGCGUUUAAUGGUGAAGAGAUUUUACUGCAUGGAUUUAUCAAAGGCCUGGGUAACUUGAACUGGUACAAUCUGCGGAGUGGUAGUUUUAGGCAACUGAAAAUCAAAGGUGUUCCUUCGCAAUACUGUCACGUAAGCCAUCACGUAGAAAGCCUUUUCCUGGUUCUCCAUUAAUCCAUGUGAAAAGCAGGUCAGUAUAUAGAUAACGUAUAUUCAUCCAGGGCAAGCUAA